CUCUACACAACGUAGUUCUAUUACUUUACUAUACGCUUCAGAUCAAGUAUGUUCUCCUCUGUCCGUGCUUUUGCCGCUGUUGGCUGUACCCGUGGCUAUGCCACAAAUAUGGCAUACAACAUGAUCAAGACCGAACGAGUCGGUGCCAAUAAUGCUGUGGUUUUGGUCACUCUGAACCGUCCCAAAGCCCUUAACGCACUGUGCGAUGAGCUAAUGGAUGAAGUUGGCAUCGCCGUUACCGAGGCCGAUAAAAACCCUGAAGUUGGAGCUAUCGUAAUCACUGGAAACGACAAGGCGUUCGCUGCAGGUGCCGAUAUCAAGCAAAUGAAGGACAAAUCCUUCCCUGAGGUUAUCAAUGGCAACUUCCUGAGUUCGUGGACUCAGCUCACUACCACUAGAAAACCCAUCAUUGCGGCUGUCAAUGGAUAUGCUCUGGGAGGAGGUUGCGAGUUGGCCAUGAUGUGUGAUAUCAUCUACGCUGGAGACAAUGCCAAAUUUGGACAACCCGAAAUUCUUUUGGGCACCAUCCCAGGGGCUGGUGGAACUCAACGCUUGGUCCGUGCUAUCGGCAAAUCGAAGGCGAUGGAAAUCUGUCUGACUGGCGAUCAAAUUAAUGCCGAAAUUGCGUUGCAAUCUGGUCUCGUAGCCAAGGUUCACCCCAAGGAGGAAAACUUGAACGAGGCAAUCAAGCUAGCAGAUAAGAUCGCGUCUCUAUCUAAGCCUGUCGUAGCCAUGUGCAAGGAAGCCAUAAGCGCCUCAUACGAGUUGACUUUGAACGAGGGCAACCGCCUCGAGAGAAAGCUAUUCCACUCGACGUUCGCCUUGGAGGAUCGCAAGGAAGGUAUGGAUGCUUUCGCCGCCAAGCGAAAAGCUGUUUUCAAGGAUUGCUAAAUUGGGACCACAAACCAAACUCAUCAAGCUAUAAAUUGAAUGAUCAUGUGCAUACAGAUUCGUCUGCCACACUAUGUUUGGGAAUUGAUCACUUUUGCAAUGCCAAGUGGGGCGGCCAAUCAAUAAUUAAACAUCACGUACCCAAUAGUGAUUAUUAUACAAUCGAUA